UGAGAAACAAAACGUAAUCAUGAUUUCUUAUUCUGCGUUGUUCGUGAUUGUCUUACUCCUCAAUAAUGCUAGUCGGCGCACUCUGGCUAUAGUCCCAAUACCAACAGUUUACAAGAAUGAUUCGACAGCCUGCAGUCUGAUGCAUACACUUACCUACGAACACAACUAUCCGACAUGCUUUAUUCUCACAGAUUCCCUGACAAGAUUUCGAAUCCGUCUAGCAUCACAGCAUCCACCAAUUCCACAGAAAAGCUUAGAAAAGUGUAGCAUAAACAAACUGAAAAUUGAAAUCAUGGAUGGAUGUGAUGAAAAUUCAAAUAAACUGUGGCCGAGUCAUAUAAUGAAUGAAUCAUAUAACGUGAACAUUGAAGAUUCAGAAAUCGCUAUAAGUUCCAAAGAGGUUUGGGGUGCACUACGUGCCCUUGAAACUGUACUUCAAAUGGUGUACAAAGAUGAAUUCGGAGGGAAUGUGAUUUUUAAUGGUUAUGUAGAAGAUGAACCAUUAUUCUUACAUCGUGGAAUGCUCUUAGACACCGGUAGGAACUUCAUGCCAGUUGAAACCCUACGGAAGAUAAUAGAUAGCAUGGCCAUGGUUAAAAUGAAUGUACUUCAUUGGCAUAUCACAGAUGACCAAUCGUUUCCCUUUGUCUCAACCGCCUAUCCAGAACUAUCAGACAAGGGUGCAUAUCAUCCACAGAUGUGUACAUAUGAUGAAAUAGAAGUGACUGAUCUGUUGGAGUACGCUCGUCUCCGUGGAGUUCGGAUCAUUCCAGAGUUUGAUACUCCAGCGCAUACAUUGUCAUGGGGAAAGGCAUAUCCAGACUUACUAACAAAAUGUUAUCAAGACUCUAAUCCAACUGGACAAUUGGGUCCAUUGAAUCCAACCAAUGAUUCUACAUUUGAGUUUUUGAAGAAUCUGUUUACAGAAGUCACUAGCCGAUUUCAUGAUACUUAUAUUCAUCUUGGAGGUAAUGAGAUAAAUGGUGACUGUUGGCUUUCGAAUCCAGAAAUAGUUGAAUUCAUGCAAAAAAUGGGAUUCCCUGGUAUUUAUUCCGAAUUAGUGAACUAUUACGUGUCGAAAGUUGUGGAAACUGUGAAAAGUACUGCUGACCCAAAAACCGCCAUUACACCUAUUUUAUAUCAAGAGGUUUUAGAUUACGGAUAUCAGGUAAAUGUUAGGCAACGUGUUUAGUAUUAAUUGUUUUAUCUACACACAACACUAUCAGGAGUGUUUCUUUCACAAGGUGGAUUGUGGUUCAGUAAACGUUUAUUGUUCGUAAGUAUUUUAGAGUAUUAACAUAACUUUAUAGCUUUGUUUGUUCACUGUGACUGUUUCUCAUAUCAUGAUUCCAGUGGUAAGAAUAUUUCUCAUAUUCCUGUCAUUGGUUUUGGAUUAUAUCUAUUAGACUUAUACGAUGUCGGUUGAUUUCAUGAGUAACAAUUCAAUCAAUGAUCAACUGGGAUUAGUUCACUGGUUUCCUGCCUUAUCAGCCGGUCCUUAACCUUUAAAAGGAAAAAGGUUGAUUGUCAGGCUGAAAACCCUACGCUUUAAAAAAUUACCUCAUCGCUACAAUAACUUCAAUGCACAGAAAAAUAUGAAAAAUAAACUCACUCCUUGCUGGAAUAUAGAAUAAGAUUUUUAGGAUGAACUGCUUCUGUGGGUGGAAGCCUUCAGUAGGCCACUUAACCGAAGUGUCACCUUUCGGCUAUAAGCGUGUGGACACGAAGUAUUCUCACCCUGUCUGAGGCUGCUCAGACCACAGAUAUAACUAGGUGUGUUAUAACACUAUUAGGAAUCUGAGAACACAGGUGAAACGGAACUAAAAUCUCCGAAUUCACAACUGUAGAAUUAAUAAUCUAGUCCAACCACUCAGAUGAAGACAACAAGUACACUGAGAGUGCGUUAAUCAUGUUAAUACUGACGACAUAGAAAGCCCUGAUGAGCUGAACACUGAUCUCCUGCAAAAGGUGAAUACAAGAUUUCAAUCAAAUAGAAGAGAAAUUGCAUUUAUACAGUGCUCUGUACCUAAAAGCAACACAGAAGAAUGACAUCUACAGACACUUGCUGACAGUAACGGACAAGACCCCAACCGGAAUUUCGAUUGGUAUCACAAAUGUCACAGUGUGGGCAGACAGCAGAAGCAGAAGCUCAUCAUGGGUUUGGCGUCACUUAGUGUUGCCGAAACUCCAUGUAAACUAAUAUUUUCCCAAAAAAGUUAUACAAUAGGGUUAAGUAUGAUAAAUCAGGCUAAAUUCUCAUGUUCUGAAAACUCGGCUGACCCAAACAGAAUAAUUCAAUCCUUGCGCUUGACCCUGAAAUCUUUGUAUUACACUCGCUGAGUUGAGUUAUUUAUUCCCAUUGUGGAAAAUAAAUGAGUAGGCCACCAGAGAUAGUUUCAUCUAUUGAACAGUUGCUGAUUUCCUACUUACUGCACCACUACGAUUGGUUUUCUAAGACAUUGAAGCUCUUAGAUCCUACCACGUGCUAAUGCCCUAGUCUCAGUCUCACUGGUAAUGAUAUUAUUCGGUGAAGUGGGGAUGCACGUAGUCGACGAGUCCCAAAGAAGAUGAAAUACGCUUCACGUUCUUCACUAGUAUGAACUACAUUAAAUCGGUAUUUAUUUCAUCUCCUCAAUUGUGCGUUGGUGACGCUCUCAGACCUUGCACAUGUUCCGGCCGGCCGACGCACACCUGCUAUCAUUGGUCGACCUGCUAAAUUUGGG